CCGCGGGUCGGGGGGUGUCCUCGCUGGGGAGGGGACAGCGCGCUGCCUCCGAACGCGGGCCCGCCGAGGAGCCAUCUUCUCGGAUCACAAUGAAUGUGGAACAUGAAAUUAGCCUCUUAGUUGAGGAGAUUCGGCGGUUGGGAACCAAAAAUGCUGAUGGACAAGUGAGCGUGAAAUUUGGUGUGCUCUUUGCUGAUGAGAAGUGUGCCAACCUCUUUGAAGCCCUAGUGGGAACUCUUAAGGCUGCAAAACGACGGAAGAUUGUCACUUAUCAAGGGGAGCUACUUCUACAAGGUGUUCAUGACAACGUUGAUAUCAUGCUGCUGCAGGACUGAUGCAGUAUUUCGGCUAUGCAUUAAUGGAAUUAUUUGAGACAGUGACUUGCAACAUCCUCUGAAUAAGGCUGAUCAUUCUAAGGUGUUUUGAUGUAUUUUCUAUAUCUUUAUAGUCAAAAUGAAACUGUCCUUUUUGGAAAACAUUCCCUUUUGUAAUUCUUCCUAAAAUGGUACUGUAUGUGAGUAAGGUAAAAGAUGCCAGAUCUCUCUCUUUUUUUUUUUUUUUUUUUUUUUUUUUUAAAUCUCAGGUAAUGCCAUUGAAUGUCUGGUGGUUAUUUUCAACAUAUGAAGAAGGGGACUGGUAAUUUAAUGUUUACAAAUCAAAAUGUGCCAUGAACGUAUAAAAUAAAAGCACAUACUUAA